UUUAAAAACGAUACAAUAUUACAGAUAACAAGUUAAUUAUCUUACAUAUCGGAAAAUAUUUAAUGGUGUACUUCUUGUUCACGAAAUUCAUGCUAAUAUUGGGUUUUUGAGCGAGCGCUAUGAGUUCUGACCUCACAAAGGGUGCCUUCGUAAAUUCGCUCUGGCUAUCUACUCCGCUUUCAGAGCACUCUCGCCCGAGUGUGCCUGAGCGCAGAAUAACUGAUGAAUUUACGACCAUACCAAAGGCAGUUAAGCGCCCAAGAUUAUACUCUUUGGCCCUUCUGGGUGAGUAGCUAUGUGGACCCACAAUUUCACAAAGACAAAGCGGGAGUGGUGUUAAAUGCAAGGAGGGAGAAAAUGCAACUGUUCCCAGAAACAGUGGACAUAUUGACUUCUCUACAUGGCCAAGGGAUCCAGAUUGGAGUGGCAUCACGCACAUGUGAGGUGGAUGGAGCCAAUCAGCUGUUGUCCCUCUUCAAUCUCAACCAAUACAUAUCCUUCAAGGAAAUAUACCCGGGGUCAAAGGUUCCUCACUUCAAAAAGCUCCAGACAGACAGUGGAUUCAAAUUCAGUGAGAUGAUGUUCUUUGAUGACGAACACAGGAACAUCACAGCAGUCAGUCGACUAGGUGUGCACUGUGUUCUGGUUCCUGAAGGAGUGACUAUGAAAUUAGUCAAUGAAGCGCUUCUGCAGUUCUCCCAGGGUGCAAAAUGAGGACUUGAGGACAGAGUUGAUGCAAUACAUACAGUGCCUUGCAAAAGUAUUCAUCGCCCUUGGCGUUUUUCCUAUUUUGUUGCGUUACAACCUGUAAUUUAAAUGGAUUUUUAUUUGGAUUUCAUGUAAUGGACAUACACAAAAUAGUCCAAAUUGGUGAAGUGAAAUUAAAAAAAUUACUUAUUUAAAAAAAAAUCUAAAAACAGAAAAGUGGUGAGUGCAUAUGUAUUCACCCCCUUUGUUAUGAAGCCUCUAAAUAAGAUCUGGUGCAACCAAUUACCUUCAGAAGUCACAUAAUUACUUAAAUAAAGUACCUGUGUGCAAGCUAAGUGUCACAUGAUCUGUCAAAUGAUCUCAGUAUAUAUACACCUUCUGAAAGGCCCCAGAGUCUGCAACACAACUAAGCAAGGGGCACCACCAAGUAAGUGGCACCAUGAAGACCAAGGAGAUCUCCAAACAGGUCAGGGACAAAGUUGUGGAGAAGUGCAGAUCAGGUUUGGGUUAUAAAAAAAAUAUCUGAAACUUUGAACAUCCCAUGGAACACCAUUAAAUCCAUGAUUAAAAAAUGUAAAGAAUAUGGCACCACAACAAACCUGCCAAGAGAGGGCCACCCACCAAAACUCACGGACCAAUCAGAGAGGCCACAAAGAGACCACAGAUAACCCUGAAGGAGCUGCAAAGCUCCACAGCUGAGAUUGGAGUAUCUGUCUAUAGGACCACUUUAAGCCGUACAUUCCACAGAGCUGGGCUUUACGGAAGUGUGACCAGAAAAAAAGCCAUUGCUUCAAGAAAGAAAUAAGCAAACACGUUUGGUGUUUGCCAAAAAGGCAUGUGGGAGACUCCCCAAACAUAUGGAAGAAGGUUCUCUGGUCAGAUGAGGCUAAAAUUGAGCUUUUUGGCCAUCAAGGAAAAUGCUAUGUCUGGCGCAAACCCAACACCUCUCAUCACCCCAAGAACAGCACAGCUGUGGUGGCAGCAUUAGGCUGUCGGGAUUUUUUUUCAUCGGCAGGGA